AUGGCAACCGCUGCAUGUAGUGCAGAGGGGACGGAGGGGCUCCGGUGCUCACCUGCCGGCCGAGGGGCUCCGGCUCCGGUCCCGGUCGCAGUGCGCUGGGCUCGGCCGAGGGGACGGAGGGGCUCCGGUCCCGGUCGCAGUGCGCUGGGCUCGGCCGAGGGACGGAGGGGCUCCGGUGCUCACCUGCCCGGUCCCGGUCGCAGUGCGCUGGGCUCGGCCAAGGGGACGGAGGGGCUCCGGUGCUCACCUGCCGGCCGAGGGGCUCCGGCUCCGGUCCCGGUCCCGGUCGCAGUGCGCUGGGCUCGGCCGAGGGGACGGAGGGGCUCCGGUGCUCACCUGCCGGCCGAGGGGUCCCGGUCCCGGUCGCAGUGCGCUGGGCUCGGCCGAGGGGACGGAGGGGCUCCGGUGCUCACCUGCCGGCCGAGGGGCUCCGGCUCCGGUCCCGGUCCCGGUCGCAGUGCGCUGGGCUCGGCCGAGGGGACGGAGGGGCUCUGGUGCUCACCUGCCGGCCGAGGGGCUCCGGCUCCGGUCCCGGUCCCGGUCGCAGUGCGCUGGGCUCAGCCGAGGGGACGGAGGGGCUCCGGUGCUCACCUGCCGGCCGAGGGGCUCCGGCUCCGGUCCCGGUCGCAGUGCGCUGGGCUCGGCCGAGGGGACGGAGGGGCUCCGGUGCUCACCUGCCGGCCGAGGGGCUCCGGUCCCGGUCCCGGUCGCAGUGCGCUGGGCUCGGCCGAGGGGACGGAGGGGCUCCGGUGCUCACCUGCCGGCCGAGGGGCUCCGGCUCCGGUCCCGGUCGCAGUGCGCUGGGCUCGGCCAAGGGGACGGAGGGGCUCCGGUGCUCACCUGCCGGCCGAGGGGCUCCGGCUCCGGUCCCGGUCGCAGUGCGCUGGGCUCGGCCAAGGGGACGGAGGGGCUCCGGUGCUCACCUGCCGGCCGAGGGGCUCCGGUCCCGGUCGCAGUGCGCUGGGCUCGGCCGAGGGGACGGAGGGGCUCCGGUGCUCACCUGCCGGCCGUGGGGCUCCGGUGCUCACCUGCCGGCCGUGGGGCUCCGGUCCCGGUCCCGGUCGCAGUGCGCUGGGCUCGGCCAAGGGGACGGAGGGGUUCCGAUGCUCACCUGCCGGCCGAGGGGCUCCGGUCCCGGUCCCGGUCGCAGUGCGCUGGGCUCGGCCGAGGGGACGGAGGGGCUCCGGUGCUCACCUGCCGGCCGAGGGGCUCCGGUCCCGGUCCCGGUCGCAGUGCGCUGGGCUCGGCCGAGGGGACGGAGGGGCUCCGGUGCUCACCUGCCGGCCGAGGGGCUCCGGUCCCGGUCCCGGUCCCGGUCGCAGUGCGCUGGGCUCGGCCGAGGGGACGGAGGGGCUCCGGUGCUCACCUGCCGGCCGAGGGGCUCCGGUCCCGGUCCCGGUCCCGGUCGCAGUGCGCUGGGCUCGGCCGAGGGGACGGAGGGGCUCCGGUGCUCACCUGCCGGCCGAGGGGCUCCGGUCCCGGUCCCGGUCGCAGUGCGCUGGGCUCGGCCGAGGGGACGGAGGGGCUCCGGUGCUCACCUGCCGGCCGAGGGGCUCCGGUCCCGGUCCCGGUCGCAAUGCGCUGGGCUCGGCCGAGGGGACGGAGGGGCUCCGGUCCCGGUCCCGGUCGCAGUGCGCUGGGCUCGGCCGAGGGGACGGAGGGGCUCCGGUGCUCACCUGCCGGCCGAGGGGCUCCGGUCCCGGUCCCGGUCCCGGUCGCAGUGCGCUGGGCUCGGCCGAGGGGCGGAGGCCCGGCUUGCGGUCCCGCCUCGCAAACAAGCCCCGCUCCGCCCUCCUGCGCCUGCGCCGCCGGAUGGGCGGGGCGUUCUGCACCUCCCAACCAAUGGUCCAUCGAUGA